UCCACUCUAUGAUCUAUUUGUUGGUUUAUGGUCUUUACUGAAUGGCUGCUCAAGUAUAGUUGCCAUCUUCUGCUGUGUUUUUCGAAUAAAAUUCACACCGGAGAACAUGGCUGGAAAGCUACUUGUAACCUGUUUGAGAAAUUACAAUCGAGUACCAAUUCGUUUUUCUUCGCAUGCUCACGGUGAACUUCCACAUUGGAGACAUAAAAUAGGAAAUCGCGAAAUUGUAGGAUAUGGAGUAAAUGGAGAACCCACAUAUUUAGAUCUCUUUGACUAUCCAUUUCCUGCAGUCAGGUUUCGAGAAAUUACUCCUGAUCUUCAGGUUCUUAAAGAGAAAGAAAAGGGAGACUGGAAAAAACUUACAUUAGAUGAGAAAAAAAUGCUCUAUCGAGCAAGUUUCUGUCAAACUUUUGCAGAACUUGAUGCACCAACUGGAGAAUGGAAAUUUAUAAUUGGGUGCGGUUGCAUUGGAAUAAGCAUAGCUCUUUGGAUGUUCAUAAUGCUCAAACUUUACGCCUAUCCACCAUUACCUCCAUCUGUAUCUGAAGAAGCACAGAUUGAACAAUUCAAACGUAUAAGGUUACUGGACAUCAAUCCAAUCUGGGGAAUUAACAAGCGUCCUGAUUUAUAAAAUCAUCCAACAGGAAUAUUUAUAGUUUAAUUCCAUGGUAGAUGUUGUAAUUAUUUGAAAGUUAUCUAAAUUCAAUGUAAGUAUACUGUAAGUGAUAGGCUUAUCCAAGCAAAAAUUAAAUAAAUGCUGGUUCUAUAAUAAAAAUUAAAACGCAAA